AUGAAUCAUGAUUGCCUUUCUAAGCAUCCGGGGGAUACAUUUCUCCUUUGGCUGUCAAUCCACAACCGUUUCUUUCCAUUUCCUUAGUCAACAUCCACCAUCUCACCAUAUUUGAAAAGUCGUUUCAUCAGAGACGGUCAGUGGUUAGGUAUCCGAUGUAUAGUGAGCUCGAUAUCAUGGCGGACUCUCCUAUCCGACGACUGUCCAACACCAGCUCAAACAACAGCCUGAAGCGAGAAGAGGAUCUAAUCAAUGCCUACGAAGCAGAGGAAGAGCGGAUCAUCAAUGUCUUGUCUCGCAAACUGGAGCAGCUUCGUGAAGAGAAGAUUCAACUCGAAAAUGCGCUCGAGGCAGAGUCGGAAUCUCAUGUGAACAGGCUUAGUCGUGAGUUGUCUGCGCUGCGGCUUGCGCAACAGCAGCAGCAACAGCAAUCUGGGACGAACGGGAUCACCACUUCUCCAGACAACAGGGUGGGAGUUCCGACGUUUCUGGCUGAUCGAGACCCUAUGAUCCCAAGUGCAGAAGUCAUGCUGGAAGCCAUGAGACGGGAAAACGAGCAACUGCGCAACCGCCUGGUUGAUACGGAAAGAGACUAUGUGCGGGUAUCACGGUUGAAUGAAGUGUAUCGCGAAGAGCUCCUUGAACAUAGGAGACGGCUCGGUCUAUCAGUCGACAACCUUGUUGGCUUGUCCUCGGCAGACCCGUAUUCGCAACCGACGCAUCGACGAUCUAUGUCCAAUCAAUCAUCGCCUAGUACGUCUGUGAUGCAGCCUUCGCAAGCAAUCCAUGGUGUCCCUAUCCCCCGACCUUCCUCCUCGAUACGGCGCCCGACGAAUAAUAUGUCAGAAAGUAAUACACCAUUGUCGCAUUCUCCUUCCUCGACAGAGUCACCAUUCCCAUUCUCGCCUAUUGUCGGAACAAAUCCUGCAAGUUUUGUUAGCAAUGGGACGCAUAUGACGACGCCACCAUCAUCUGCUUCAUUGACGUCAAAUCCCCCAUCAACGUUCACUAUUCCUCAUAUGUUGUCCUAUCCCUCGGUGCCGCCACCGUCUCUGUCUUCUUCGUAUGGGUCGCCUGUGGUGUCAUUCAUACCGCAUCGCGACCACUCAUUGUCUCCUGUGGUACCUCUAAGCAGGCGCAGUUCGAACGCACGAGGAAGCAUUGAGCGCCGCUUCGCGGACCCGGUGGGUCUUAAUCGGAGUCGGAGCAGGCACGAGAGUGUUGAGAGGGGCGCACGCGUCGCGGAGACAGGAACAUUGAUUCCCCGCUCUCGCCGUGAAAGCCAAAGCGUUUCAGCGACAUCAUCGGACGUACCUACGGCGCAUCGCCCCUUUUUUUCAAUGUCUUACCAGUACCCAUACACUCAAGGAAAUAUGUCAAUGCCCCCAACGCCCCCAACACCCUAUUCAUGGGAGACGACAGAGCUCAACAACAACAUUCCAGAGCAACUUGAUCAUCAUCAGCCUGUUCAACGCGCUUUGAAUCCACAGCAUCAACCUCAAAGUGUAUUUGCCCCGUCGCCGCCUGUGAUUGAGCUUCAAGAGCACAUGCCCACUGUUCCAAGUCAACGUCGAAGUGAAGUCCCACAGCACCUGCAUCAUAUGUCAUCAGCGCCAGGGUCUUCUUCAAGAAGACAAAAUGUCGUGUCCCAAGAUAUGAGACCUCAUAUACACGUUGAUACAACAAGUCAUAUGGCAGCUAGCACUAGCCCGCCUUCUGGCCCGCCGUCUGCUAGUGGUGUGCAUUCAGUGGGACCUGUGCGAGCGAAAGUAUCGCCCGCACAUAACAUGGGACAUCCAUAUCGUCGCCCCCAGAGUGCGAACCCAAGACGAGAGAAUGAAUCAAAUCCACAUGUGAGACAUACCUGCAGCCCAAACAACCACUUCUGCUUCAUUACACAAGUGAGUGAUCGUGCAUUGACAUCCAUUCGAGGGAUGUAUUCAUACUCUUGUCGUAGGACCGCCAUCAUCAGCCCAUCCCAUGUCAUCCCACCCAUAUCAUCCAGUGCGACUUUUAUACCCAGAGCCGAUUACUUCUUUUGCAGCGAGAGUCGAGUGACAACAGCGAUGUUUGAACUUCCAGGAGUGAAGAAGAGCGACCUGAAGAUAGAGUUGUCAUCGUGCCAGAACGGUUUGAAACAAGUAUCAAUCACAGGAGAAACCCGACAACCACUUGCAGAUGGCAUAAUAGCACUCAAAGAACGCAAGUAUGGCAAGUUUCGCAGGGUACUUCCCGUUCGUCAUGAUACCAAGGCGAGUAGACUGAAAUCGCAUAUGAUCUUGCGUCUCAAGCGUGCAUUUUCUUUUCAGAAGGAAGACGUCUCCGUCACUUUAGAGGAUGGCGUUCUCAUUCUUCGCAUACACAUGGGGCCACCGCUCGAGCCUGAACAGGAGUCAGAAAUUAUCCCUAUACAAUGAGUGAGCCUGACUUCAAGUUCUCUUCAAAGUCAUUCAUUGUGCGCCAUCUGUUCCGGCAAGAGCAAUAUGACGUCUGAUACCUUUUCCUCGCUGCCUCGCUAACACAUUAGCUUUUAAAAAAAUAUGCACCAACUUGCACUGCCGGCUUGCUCUGAUCGUUUCGCUGUCGUCGUCUGGCCUCGAAGUUCCUGGAUCCGCAAAGUACUAUUGUGUUUUGCAUCCUGGCUUCCGUAGUCUAGUCUAUAUAAUAUAUACACAUACACAUACAUUUUCCACAUUUGCACCCAUUGUACAGUUAGUAGUACCGUAGUAGUAUUUUCCUUGUGAUACCA